AUGAAUAGCGUUAGCAACAGUUUAUUAAGUGUCUUUAGAUCCUCUUCCAGAGUUUCAGCCCUCAACCAAAUCCCAAAGAAUGCCUCUGGUUUCAUGACUACUCGUCAUCCUCUUAGUGAGAAAAAUCAAAGAUUGGUAGCAGUCCAUCAAGAAUGUUUCAAUACUCAUAGAAUUGAAGAAAGAUUGAUUGAGGAAGUUGGUGUCGGUCAGGGUGAUCCCUCAUUCAACCCAUCACCAUCCUAA